GUCUACUAUCAAGUACCCGAAGGAGAGCGCCCAGCUGGAGGGUUGUUAGAAUAUGAUUGGCUAGGCCUUGGGCAACCCCACCUUUUUCAGUCGACUUCUGAAUUGUGAUUGGUUUAUGGGUUGCUGCUGGCCACACCUCCACCCCUCACACAUACACAAGAGUCACGCGCCUUGCAGUUGGAAACUUGGCGUGGUGAGGGGGCCGAGGUAAAAAUCGCCCCACCCCCUUACCUUGCUAUUGGCCCAUGGCGCAGCCGGUGGCCACGCCUUCAUUCCAGCCCCCUAACUGAGAGGGCGGGUGCUCUCUCCUGACUGGUUGGCCUACCUGCUCUUCAAGUUGUUGCCCGACCGCUCCCGCCUCCUCCCCCUCCCCACUCAGGCUAGAGGUCCAGUAUUUGGCCCCAGCAGUGUCAGUGUCAGCAAGGGAAGCGGGCAGUGAAGCGCCGGGGGAGGACUCCCGGUGGCAGCCCAGCUGAGGUGCCGGUGCCUGCGCCUCGGGCAGCCAGAGAGAAGGAUGAAGCCACAGCCGGAGCAGCCCCCUUAUGAUUGGCUGUGGCGGUUGUAAGCCCGGAGUAAAGAUGGCGGGCGGGCCGGUGGCCGCCGCACUGCCCACUUGGAAGAUGGCGGCGCGCCGCAGCCCCAGUGCCCACGGCCGGGAGGUCCUGCGGGUGGUGGCGGGGCUGCUGCUGCUGCUGAGCUGCUGCUGCGGCAGGGGCAGCUGCGCGGGGGGCGGCGAGGCGGAGGAGACGGUGAUCAUCGGGUUGAGGCUGGAAGACACGAACGACGUGUCGUUUAUGGAAGGGGGGGCGCUGCGGGUGAGCGAGCGGACCCGGGUCAAGUUGCGGGUCUACGGGCAGAACAUCAACAACGAGACCUGGUCUCGCAUUGCUUUCACUGAGCACGAGCGGCGGCGGCAGGGCCACGGGGAGAGGGGGGCCGGGGGCCCCUUGCAGCCGGAGCCGGAGAGCGGCCCCCAGCGCUGCGGCAUCCGCACCUCGGACAUCAUCAUCCUGCCCCACAUCGUCCUCAACCGCCGCACGUCGGGCAUCAUCGAGAUCGAAAUCAAGCCUCUGCGCAAGACGGAGAAGAGCAAAUCCUACUACCUGUGCACGUCGCUCUCCACCCCGCCCGUGGCGGCCGGCGGCCCCGGCUCGGCGGGCAGCCCCGUGGGGGGCAAAGGCGGCCGCGGCGUGGCGGGGCUCCCUCCGCCUCCGUGGGCAGAGACCACCUGGAUCUACCACGAUGGCGAGGACACGAAGAUGAUCGUGGGGGAGGAGAAGAAGUUCUUGUUACCUUUCUGGCUGCAGGUGAUCUUCAUCUCGCUGCUGCUCUGCCUCUCGGGGAUGUUCAGCGGCCUCAACCUGGGACUGAUGGCGCUGGACCCCAUGGAGCUGCGCAUCGUGCAGAACUGCGGCACGGAGAAGGAGAAGAAUUACGCCAAGCGCAUCGAGCCCGUGCGCAGGCAGGGCAACUACCUGCUGUGCUCCCUGCUGCUGGGCAACGUGCUGGUCAACACUACCCUCACCAUCCUGCUGGACGACAUCGCGGGCUCCGGCCUGGUGGCCGUGGUGGUUUCCACCAUUGGCAUAGUCAUCUUUGGGGAGAUAGUGCCUCAGGCCAUCUGUUCCCGGCACGGCCUGGCAGUGGGCGCCAACACCAUCUUCCUCACCAAGUUUUUCAUGAUGAUGACCUUUCCCGCCUCCUACCCGGUCAGCAAGCUGCUGGACUGCGUCCUGGGCCAGGAGAUCGGCACAGUCUACAACCGCGAGAAGCUGCUGGAGAUGCUUCGCGUCACCGACCCCUACAACGACCUCGUCAAGGAGGAGCUCAACAUCAUCCAAGGGGCGCUGGAGCUCCGCACCAAGACAGUGGAGGACGUGAUGACUCCGCUGCGGGACUGCUUCAUGAUCACUGGAGAGGCGAUCCUGGAUUUCAACACGAUGUCAGAGAUCAUGGAGAGCGGCUACACUCGCAUCCCGGUCUUUGAAGGGGAGCGCUCCAACAUCGUGGACCUCCUCUUUGUCAAGGACUUGGCGUUCGUUGAUCCUGAUGACUCCACUCCCUUGAAAACCAUCACGAAGUUUUACAAUCACCCUUUGCAUUUUGUUUUUAAUGACACUAAGCUGGACGCCAUGCUGGAAGAGUUUAAGAAAGGUAAAUCUCACCUGGCCAUAGUGCAGCGGGUAAACAAUGAGGGAGAAGGGGAUCCGUUCUAUGAAGUGCUGGGAAUUGUCACUUUGGAAGAUGUGAUUGAAGAAAUCAUCAAGUCGGAGAUCCUGGAUGAAACAGAUUUGUACACUGAUAAUAGGACUAAAAAGAAAGUGGCCCAUCGGGAAAGGAAGCAAGAUUUCUCUGCCUUCAAGCAGACAGACAGUGAGAUGAAGGUUAAAAUAUCACCACAGCUGCUUCUGGCAAUGCACCGUUUCCUAGCAACAGAAGUAGAAGCAUUUAGCCCGUCGCAGAUGUCAGAGAAGAUCCUUCUAAGGCUGCUAAAACAUCCCAAUGUCAUCCAGGAGCUGAAGUACGAUGAAAAGAACAAGAAAGCCCCAGAAUACUACCUCUACCAGCGAAACAAACCUGUAGACUACUUCGUUCUCAUUUUGCAGGGGAAAGUGGAAGUGGAAGCUGGGAAAGAAGGGAUGAAGUUUGAAGCGAGCGCUUUUUCCUACUACGGCGUGAUGGCGCUCACGGCAGCUCCAGUUCCUUUGUCCCUGUCUCGUACCUUUGUUGUCAACAGAACAGAACUGUUAGCAGCAGGUUCUCCAGCUGAAAACAAGUCACCUCCUCGUCCAUGUGGCUUGAAUCAUUCUGAUUCUCUCAAUCGAAGUGACCGGAUUGAUGCGGUGACCCCAACACUAGGGAACAGCAACAACCAACUUAAUUCGUCUUUCCUUCAAGUGUAUGUCCCUGAUUACUCAGUGAGAGCCCUCUCAGACAUUCAGUUUGUGAAGAUCACAAGACAGCAGUACCAAAAUGCCUUGAUGGCAUCCCGGAUGGACAAAACUCCUCAGUCUUCAGACAGCGAAAACACUAAAAUUGAACUGACUCUUACAGAGCUGCAUGAUGGGUUGCCAGAUGAGACGGCUAACCUGCUCAAUGAACAGAAUUGUGUAACUCACAGUAAAGCCAAUCACAGUCUGCAUAGUGAAGGCGCCAUCUAGGACCUCUUCCUGAGCCCUCUCACCCUCGAUUGUCAUGGUCUGAAGCAGUGUCUUGCCAUGUCGCUGCUCUCCUCGGUCUCCUUCGCAGGACCCCCUCUGGCCCUCUCCCCUGCCUUCUCCCCAUCUGACUGCAACUACCAUUAGUAUGUGCUCAUACGCCAUGCUGCCUCCUGCACCAUUCUGAGACCAAAGACUUUGUGCCCUUCCUGGGAACAGCAGAGGAAGCAAUGCAAGGGAUGGCAUUGGAGGCAAAGGUACCGAGCCACCUGCCCAGAAACAGUGAGCCGGAUUCCAGACACGUGCUUCCUCCUGCUCCAAUAGAAUCACGUUUAUUUUUCCGGCCAGACUUUUUAUCCUGGUUCAUUUGCUUCCUUCUUAGAUAAGCAUGAAGAAGUUUAAAAUUGUUGCAAUUUAUUUUUUCAAGAGAUCAUGUUUUUAAAAGUCUUUUGCAGAGUUUUCAGUUGUUUUUGUUCUGUCUGAACUCUGCUGUGAUUCCAUAAACUGAUCCUGAUAUGGUGGGGUUUGCCCCUCCACCCCUGUGAUCUCUCAUUUUUUUCCCAGCAGCCUCCUGGAUAGGCAGCACCAUCAUUCCCAUGUGAGUCCCUCUCUACCCUGAAGGAUGCAGUGAAGAAAACGGGGGUCGAUUUAACUACCACCGGACCGACCAAGUUUGCUAUUGAACGGGAGUGGUUUGGAGAGCAGUCUGCUGGCCACAGGGGGAUUGGAUGGUCAGCUGGGCCUCUUUCCCUCAGGAAGUCUUAGAAUUUGAUUUGGAAAUAUGGGUUUGCUCCCGCACUAGGGAAUUUUAACAACAAAAUGUGUUUUAUUGAAUUUUAAACUCGUUGGAUAAUAGAACAAUGGGCCUGGGGAAUAUUCAGCCUAUCAGACUGGUAUUCAGCCUAGGCAGGGAUCUCAGGUUCAGGUCAGCCUUCCUCCCAACCCUGGGGCAUCCCUUCUCUGCCAGAGGAGGGGGAGAGGACAAGGAGACCACCCACCCAUUCCUCAGCUUUAAAGAGCUCUAAUUCCCUUUCCCCAAACCUCGUUAUUCAUCCAAGAUGCUGCUAUACUGAUGCCAAAAGGAAAUCUUCUCUGGGGCUUCUCAAUAGAAAUAUGACACGGACUCCAAGUCUCCUCUGCACACUGAAGUCUGUCUGAUUGUCUGAGAAGGCAUCUCCACUUCGGGUUGUGUUCUUUAAGAUGCAGUAUUCGAGUCUAGGUUUCUAAGGGGGUGGGGACUCACUGGGGACUUUUCAGGGAAGCAGCUCUUCAGUUUUCCCUCCUUUCCCUCUUCGUGUUCUUUUAGAUGUUGUUUGGAGAGCCACCAGCACUCCGGGCAGCUUGGGGCCAUCUGUGAUGGACGGUCUGCAGAGCUAUGGGACAGGACAACCUGGGCCCCACAUGGGUUUCCAGAAACCAAAUGUGUAUUAUGGCCAGUAUAUGUAUGUUGCUUCUAAUUUAAUACCAAAUGUCGUCAUCUGUUGUCAAAUUAAGGCCAAUGGGCAUUGCUUGACUGGUCAGACUUUCUAGUUGUCCACCUUUGGAGUACUAGCUUAAAGAAAAUGUGCCUUUUGAUGGCAAUAUCCAUAUAUUGAAAUGAACCAGUGUUGACCAUGGCUUUCAUAUUGACUUUCAGUACAUAUUGCAUCCAGACACUAGCAAACUAUGUAGCAGUUCCUUCUUUCCUUGUUCAUUUGAUCAGAAUGAGCUCCAAGUCUGAUUGUCCUCAAUUUGAAGUGAUAGGGCUGAAUAGCUGCCUUCCCCCUCCUCUAAGGAUAUUUCUAUUCAUUUGGGUUCUAAAUGGCCCCUAGCUGGUAUAUUGGAUUCAUCUUUUAUGUAGGGGGAAGAGGAGGGGUGGCUUUCUGAGAAGAUGGAUCAUUUCAGCCACAAAAUGUGACAGGAAAUUGAAUGUUUCACUGCCUGACUAGGUGAGCAGUUGAGCUUGACCCAGUGGAAGGACUUGGUGUUCUCCCAAAGUGGGUUGUUAGCCCAGGAUUCCCCUCACUGUCUUGGCUGAUAGCCCUCAGAGACAUACUCAACCUUCACACAUAGUUGGCAAAAGGAAGAAUGUGAUGCCUCCACCUGUUUCAGGUGAAAAAGGGUCCGAGGACAUCCCUCAGCAGAGGGCAGAUCUGCUCACAACAAAUUCCAUCCUAGACAAAAGAUUUCAUUUCCUGUUGGGCUCUUAGGGGAUUGAUGAACAGAACAGUUUGUUACUGAAAAGAGAAGGAAUUGGGAUAGGCACCUGGGAAUGUCCUUUCAUGAGACUGACCUGAGCUUCAAGAUAGAAUGCUUAGAGGCAGGCUGCUCUGUUGGUCCUGGAGGAUUUCCGAUCUUCUGACUCUGCCCAACAUCCUGGAACUUUAGCUUCACCAGCUCUCAAAGCUCUUUCCCCCACCUCACCCUAGUCUAUUUCUAUCCUUCUAAAUAUAGCCCUGCCCAAAACUUUUGGGCACAAUUUCCUAGAGGAAAGCUUAACAUAUUAAUGGCCAAAAGAGAGUCCUUUUCCCUACAGUCUAGUGGUCUUGCUGUUACCUCGGAUCAGUUCAGUCUGUUGGUUGGGUUGGUGUUCUUGUGUGAAGGAACUCAUGACCAGGAAGUAAAGUCUUCAGUACAAAUUUCUGUCCCAGGUAUUUGUGGAUAUCAUUCUAACUCAUUUUCUGGAAAUGAAAGCCAAUACUCAGUCAUGAAUAUUAAUACAAAAGAUCAGGUAAUCAAAUGUAAUUUCUUUUUGGCUUUUGAAAGUAUUUUUAUACUAAAAUUUGAAUAUACAAGUACCUCUGAUAUACUAGGGAUUUUGAACGCUUGUAAACAAUACUAAGAGGUCUGAUUCUUCAGUAUCCCCAUUCUGGCUUCAUUUCCACUUUGGGAAUUGACACAAUCAUCCCUCAGACUGAUGCAGAGGAGGCACCUUAAACUGAGUUGAGCGUUCGUGCCUCCCUAGGACUGUUUUAUUUUGGCUUAAGACUUUCUCCUCCAGUUUCUGUUGGGUGUUAGUUGACAUGGAUCCAUGAUCUAUUUCAACAAAAUAAUUACACAAAGAAAGGGAGGACAGUGUUAGUAAAUAGUGUCAAGAACAUCUGGGAAUAAUACUCCUGAAUUAUUCUGUUGGGCUAUCGUCUGCUAAGAAGAAUGAAAAAACAGAUAGAUUGGCUUCAUGAGCUAUUAAGGGGUGCCUCAGGAUCCUAAGACUGGAGUGGACUGGCUCAUUACUACCCCAGUCCAGGCUAUGUACAGUAGAAACCCUUGAAAUAAGGAGGCCUGAGGGAGGGGAUAGGUUGGGAGCCAGAGCAAGGCAAGGUGGUAGGACUGAGUCUUGAAGGGUCAUGAUUUUCUGACUUAGAAACAACAUAAAUGAACCACUGUGAUGAUGUGAAAGCCCUACCUGGAAUAGGAUCCCAAAUGCUCAGCAAAUCUCAGGGUUUACUCCUUUUCCUCUGCACUUAGCUCCUGCUCUUAGUCUUAGAAAGUUGAAUUGCUAGUCAAAUUGAGUUUUAGUUUUUCCUAAGUUUGUACCCAUAGGAAAGGAUCCAGUAUGUGGCUGUUCUCUGCUUAUCUAACUUUGGUACCCAGGUUGUUUGAGUGACCCAGGAAAAUGGUGCACUCCAACAUGCACAAGUCUUUUGCACCUAAUGGCCCAGCACUGUCGUUCUGAAAAGAUAAUUGUGAAGAUGUGAGAUUUUCUCUUUGAUCAAGCAGACAAAGCACUUGGCAAACAUUUCUCAAGAUGCGAAUUUGAAUCCAAUUGAGACCCAGAAAGUCCCCUUCAAAUUCCACCACGUAAGUCCUUAUUUACACAAGGUCCCGGCUCAGAGCUCCCCAAGCCGUAUAGUAACAUUUUUUAGACAAGUAGCUGUGGUUAGGGCCAGGAAGGCAAGCACUGCUGGAACUGGCAGUAGGGCCCCCAAAUCUCAUUUGUCAUUUCAUCCAUGAAUGUGUUCACCAAAAGGACAAUUCCAGCUAGAUUUGCUCCCUGGGGCUGGCAGUAAAGAUGCCCAAAAAGUCUGGAAUGGAAAGAGCUUCACUCUGUCCCCAGUGAGGAGAGGUUGAUAGAAGCUCGUUUAGAGCAUUGCCCUGGAUUGGUGUUAUCUCCUCAAUGAAUUUUUGAUUGGAAUAAUAAUCCCUUUCUCUGCUCCACUCCUAGUACCAGAGAGGGAUUAUUCUUAGAUGAAAAUAAGUUUAAGGAAUUAGGAAAAGAAAAUAAAGGUUUGGUAGCAUAUUGUGUGUGUGUGUGUGUGUGUGUGUGU